GUUACCAAAAUGCGAUUUGCUAAUGCUGCAGAAUUUCAAAUGAUAAGGAAUUUGCAGCCAGAAGUUAUAAACCAAUAUUUAGCACUCCGCAAAGCGACUAUUCUGUAAUAUAAUUUUUAAAAGUACUGGAAUUAAAUCAGAAUGAGGAAACUUUUUACAAAGAUACAAAGCAGUUUAUUUUUGGCACGCUUUUAUAGUUCAAAAAAUUAUUUCAUAUCUACUCCCAUAUUUUAUGUAAAUGGAGCUCCUCAUAUUGGUCACAUGCAGUCAUGUUUGUAUGCAGAUGCAUUUGCUAGAAUUCAAUGCCUGCUUGGCAAAAAUGUUGUUUUCUGCACUGGUACUGAUGAACAUGGACUAAAAGUUCAACAAGCAGCUACUUUAGCAAAGAAACAGCCUGUAGAAUAUUGCACUGAAAUGUCUGCUAAAUUUCAGGAAACUUUUAAAAAAGGUGAUAUAUCCUACACUCAUUACAUCCGAACAACAGAUAAAGAACAUAAAGAAACUGUUCAAAAUUUCUGGCUAAAAUUGAAAGAAAAUGGCUACAUUAGGAAAGGUCAAUAUGAAGGUUGGUAUAGUAUUACUGAUGAAGCUUUUGUUCCUUCUUCACAAGUAAAGGAAAUUAAAGAUGGAAGCACCUUGAAAAUGGUUUCAGUUGAAACAGGAUCUGUUGUAGAGAAAAUGGUGGAAGAAAAUUAUAUUUUUCCUCUUUCUCAUUUUCAAGAUGAUCUUCUGAAGUGGUUAUCUAAAGAUGUAAUAAAGCCAACUAUUUUUAUGGAUUAUGUAAAGAAAUGGAUUAAAGAAGGCUUAAACGAUUUAUCAGUUUCAAGACCUAAGUCUCGCCUCUCUUGGGGAAUCCCAGUGCCUGAUGAUGAUUCACAAAUUAUAUAUGUGUGGUUAGAUGCGCUGGUCAAUUAUUUAACUGUCGGAUAUUAUGGAAGCAGCGAAUUCAUGUGGCCAAUAGAUUGUCAUGUUAUUGGUAAAGAUAUUCUGAAAUUUCAUGCUAUAUAUUGGCCUGCUUUUCUUCUGGCUGCUGGAUAUGAUCUUCCCAAAGAAAUUUUCUGCCAUUCUCAUUGGACAGUAAAUUAUGAGAAAAUGUCAAAAAGCAAAGGAAAUGUUAUAGAACCCACAUUGUUAAUUAAUAGAUAUGGCUGUGAUGGUUUUCGAUAUUUUCUUCUUCGAGCUUCAGUUCCUUCAAAUGAUACAAAUUACAAUGAAGUGAAAAUACAGAGAAUGGUAAAUGCAGAACUGGCAGAUACUCUAGGUAAUUUACUAAGUCGUAGCUGUGCUCCAGCUCUGAAUCCUGAUCAAGUCUUCCCAAAAUUUUAUCAUAGUUCUCUAGAUGCUCUUAAGGAUUCAAAUGUUGAAAGCCUUAUUAAUAAUACAUCUGAUUUACCAGAAAAGGUAAAAUUUCAUUUUAUGCAAGGUUGCUUUUACAAAGGAAUUGAUGAUAUAAUGGCUUGUUUGAGGGAUGCAAAUGCAUUUAUGCAGUUCAAUAAGCCAUGGGAAUUAGUCAAGAUGAAAGAUGAGAAAAGUAAAGAGACUUUAUCUACAAUGUUGCAUAUUGUUCUAGAAGUGUUAAGGAUAAGUGGUAUUUUGCUUCAACCUGUGAUACCAAAUUUAUCUAAAAGACUUUUAACAAAGCUUCAAGUGCCUGAAAACCAAAGAGAAUGGGAAAAUAUAAUAUGCUUCCCUUCCUAUCACAAAUUACCUAAUCCACAGGAAUCUUGUUCAUUGGGAAAGGAUUCAACACCUUUAUUUGAGCGAAGGAAAGUAAAAAUAUGACAUUGAUACCAUUUAAUAUAGAAUAAAUAUUUUUAAGUCAUCUUCUCUGUGUGUAUAUUUUUAUGAUGUUCUCUAAGUUUUAAUGUUUAUGUGACAGAUUCUGUUGUAUACUUUUGAUUGUAAUCACUUUAUUUAUUUAUGAAGUAGUAAAGUGCUGUUUUCAUCUACUAA